AUGAUGUUCGUAUGUUUCCAUAACGUGUGUCAGAGGUGUGUGUGUCCUCCGGCUGAGGAAGAUUUUCGCAGAAAAAUGGCGAGUUGGUGCGUCCGGGCGGUGAGACAGAGCUGCUCCAUUGUAGCGUCGCCUGCGUUAUUAAGAGCGUCUCCUCGGUUGUUAUGUACGGUCGCCCAGCAGAAAAAUGGCCAGAGGUCAGAGGAGGAGGCUGAAAAGCCUGAGCAAGUGACGGCAAAGAAAGUCCCAGCGGAGGAGAAGAACCCUCUGGAAGAUGACCUCAAGGAAAUGACUGAAAAGUAUAAGCGUGCCUUGGCGGACACACAAAACCUCAGGACACGGACUGAGAAGAUGAUAGAAGAUGCUAAAUUAUAUGGGAUUCAAGGCUUCUGCAAGGACCUGCUGGAGGUGGCUGACGUCUUGGAGAAGGCCACACAGAGCGUGCCCAAGGAGGAGGUGACAAGUCAGAACCCUCACCUGAAGAGCCUGUAUGAUGGGCUGGUGAUGACUGAGGUCCAGAUCCAGAAGGUGUUUACCAAGCACGGCCUGGUCCGUCUCAACCCUGAAGGACAGAAGUUCGACCCCUACGAGCACGAGGCCCUCUUCCACGCCCCUGUGGAGGGCAAGGAGCCUGGCACUGUUGCCACAGUAACAAAAGUGGGCUACAAACUUCACGGUCGCACUCUCAGGCCAGCAUUGGUAGGCGUGGCCAAAGCCCCCUAGAGAUGAGGUGUAACUGUGGAAAAGUGGGAUUUGUGUUGUUGCCUGACUGAUGGACAACCUCAGGUACAGUAGACUGGUUCAGGCAUCCAGUCCUCCCAUUACACCAGUCCAGUAGUGCCCCGCAACAGAAUAACAACCGAACUGAAGUUUCCAAAGUGUUUGUUUUUUUGUUUUUUUUUUUUUUGCUACAUAAGUGCUGGUGAUAGUAAAUAUUCAAUUGGUCAGUUCCCCUCUGAUUAUAGAUUGAGCAGUGAAACUUUGGUAUCAUUCCAGAUUUGUAAAAGUUUAAAAAUCCUGAACGUAACUCCCACGUUGUCUGUUCAUGAUUUGUGAAUUUUAAAAAUGUAAAGAAAGGAAGUUAAAAUAAAACAUCUUAACUUCU